CAGACACCACAAAAAGAAAACAGGGCAACACAGAAAAAAAACGUCAAUGGCGACACGGCACAGAUCGAUAGAUCAUGUUCACCGAAAAGGGAAUCUUUCCCAUAGGCGAUGGCCUUUUGGAUGUAGAUGCCGAACGCUUUAACGGAUUGCUCGUGUCGCAUGACAUCAACGAGAUCUACGAGGUGGAACAGACGCCGUUUGCCAGGGGCAAAUUCGCCGCCGUUCGCCGUGCCAUUCACAAGAACACGGGCUCCCAUUUCGCGGCAAAGUUCUUGAAGCGACGCCGACGCGCACAGAGCAGCGACAAGGAGAUCAAACACGAGAUCGCCGUCCUAAUACUCUGCGAGGGCGAGGAGAACAUUGUCAAUCUGAAUGCGGUGCACGAGACCCGUUCGGACACAGCCCUGCUGCUGGAACUGGCCACUGGUGGCGAGCUGCAGACCAUACUGGACAACGAGGAGUGCCUGACAGAGGCCCAGGCCCGCCACUGCAUGCGAGAGGUGCUGAAGGCUCUCAAGUUUCUCCACGACCGAUCCAUUGCCCACCUGGACCUCAAGCCACAGAACAUUUUGCUCGCCGGCGAGCGUAUAGAAGAUGGCCUCAAGCUCUGUGACUUUGGGAUCUCGCGCGUUGUGUGCGAGGGCAUCAAUGUCCGCGAGAUGGCCGGCACACCCGACUACGUGGCCCCCGAGGUGCUCCAGUACGAGCCGCUCUCCCUGCUGACGGACAUCUGUUCCGUGGGCGUUCUCACCUAUGUCUUGCUCUCCGGCUUCUCGCCCUUUGGCGGGGACACCAAGCAGGAGACCUUCCUCAAUAUCUCGCAGUGUGCGCUCACCUUUCCGGACAACCUAUUCGGUGGCGUCUCGCCAGUGGCCAUCGAUUUCAUACGCCGCGCAUUGCGAAUUAAGCCAAACGAUCGCAUGAGUGCCGCUGGAUGCCUGGAACAUGCCUGGCUGAAGGAUGAGAGCUCGAUGGAUAGACAAAUGUAUCUGCAGGCUCAGAGCGAUGCUGAAGAGGAAGAGGAGGAGGAAGAAGACGACCUUGAGGAUGAGGAAGUGGAGGAGCCAGUGGCCGAGGAGAAGGCAGAGGAGCAGGAACAGCAACAGCAGUCACAGGAACAACAAAAGCAACAGAAGCCAAGCAGUGGCAGCAACAAACCCACGCACAAUGGCCACCAUCGGGCCCACAGCAAUGGGAGCAGUAGCAGCAUCUCAAAAAUACUCAUUGCCACCGGGAAGCUCCUAGGAAGCCCCAUAAGCAGCACCAGCACCAGCACCAGCACAGAGACAACGACAGCCAUACACACGCUGACCAGCAAUGGACACGGACAGAGCAACACGGUCUGCCUGUCCGCCAAGCCCACUCAGAUCGUGACACCCACACGUCGAGCCUCCGACUCGGACACGGAGAACACAUACACGGCGACAUUUGUGAAGAAGCCCCCGGUGCAGGCCACCAUCCAGCUGGGCAGCAACGGCCUCGACGAGUCCGCCACAGUGGUGGCCACCCUGACACUCUUUCCCGAUGCGCCCACCACACCGAAAGUGAUCCGCAAGGCACCCACGGGAGAGUCCCAUGGAUCGGCCACCUCGGUGAAGGCUCUGGUCAAGAAGUUUCAGCUGGAGGAGACGCUAGUCUGCCCCGGACACAGCAGCACCAGCAGCCACAACGGCCACAGUCCCGUCAACGGGUGCGGCGGCAGUAGCGGGAGCAGCAACGGCAACAAUAUGCGACGCAGUGCAGGGGGAAACAGCAGCAACAUCAGCUACUCGGCAGCAGCCGCGACAGCAGCACGAAUGAACAGCAUUCGCCGCGCCUCCGACCCGCUGAUGGCCGUCUAUAAGAAGCAGCCACAGAACAGCGGCGCCAACAGCAAUAGUUCCAGCAGCAACAGCAACAAUCCCAGCCCCGGCAGCAGUCCCAGCUCGGGCAGCACGGCCACCCUGCUCCUGAAUAGCCAUCGCCUGGCGUCCGCGUCCGCGACCGGUCCAGCCAGCACGGUCGCCAGCACCGCUGUAGCCUCAAGCAGCAGCACCAAAGCUACUGCCACUGCCCACCAUCUGCACCACCACCACAUGCGCCACGACAACACGAAAAACGGCAAAAACACAUUAAAUCCACACUUACCUGCCAAUCACCAGACAGAGCUGCCCAGCAGGAAGCUGCCUCGCCAUCAACACUGACAAUUCCUGCCAAAGGGAAGGAAAAGGAGGCCCCUUUCUGAUGACGCGGCCGCCUGACCAUGGCCGUGACGUCACGCCACUCCAAACAUACAGCUGCCAUUUCCAACGACGACGCAGAUGCUGGCG